GGUUUCCGUGGAGACUGCCGAGCCUGCGGAAGGCGGCGGCGGCGGCUGUGGCACCUGCUAGCGGAGGCUGGGUUACGGGAUGGUGGCGCUGACUGCGCCGUGAGAGUGGAGCGGCGACGGGGCCCACCAUGCGCCGGUGGCCCUGACAUGGGCGCCAGCGGCUCCAAAGGUCGGGGCCUGUGGCCCUUCGCCUCGGCAGCGGGGGGCGGCAGCCCAGAGGCGGCGGGCGCUGAGCAGGCUUUGGUGCGGCCUCGCGGCCGAGCCGUGCCCCCCUUCGUAUUCACGCGCCGCGGCUCCAUGUUCUAUGAUGAGGAUGGGGACCUGGCUCACGAGUUCUAUGAGGAGACAAUCGUCACCAAGAACGGGCAGAAGCGGGCCAAGCUGAGGCGGGUACAUAAGAAUCUGAUUCCUCAGGGCAUCGUGAAGCUGGAUCACCCCCGCAUCCAUGUGGAUUUCCCUGUGAUCCUCUAUGAGGUGUGAGCCUGGGAGGUGGCAGACACAAGCACCCCCUGCCCCAGCAAGAAAACCCCAAGCUCAAGGUGUGGCUUCCAUUGAGGAGUCCAGGCUGGGGCCACAAUCCAGAAUAAACUCUAUUGGCC